UCCGCCCGCAGGUGGGGGCGCCGCUGCUCCCGCAUAGCCAGCCCGUCUCCAGGCAUCGGGCACCCGGGUCCACUCCCCACCAGCCCGGGGACCCACCUCCCCCAUCCCAGCACCCCCAGGCUCAGGAGUCCCGGCCCCCACCCGCCUGGGCUCCAGGGCCUCCCUGUUCCCAGCUGCAGGGCGGGCACAGUGGUGGGACCCCAGCACCCUAGGGUUUGAGUGUCCAGGACUUCCAUGUCCGGCCGCAGGCAGGAAGGAAACAGCUUGGAGGAAUGGUGGACCUCUCCCUGCCUCUGCCUGAGCAGCGCUGCCCUGGGGAUGCUGGCAGCCCCCGUCGCGUGCAGCCCCGGGGGACGCCCGCUGGGAGGAGGGUGCCUGCUGACAGGAGGUGCGGCCCCCUGCACCCUGGCACGCCCCCGUCCCCAGAGCGGCGCCUGCAGUCAGACCCUUGGCUAGGCCGCCGGAAGAACUGGCAGCUAAGGCCUCGUGCGUUGGAGCCCGGGACGCCGCCCCCCAGUGACUGACAUGCAGGCAGAAGCUGGGGUCACGGGGUGGACAGCACCUGUGGGGCAUCUGCGGGAAGGCCCCCCGCCUGUGGGCACACCAGCGGGCCGGGUCCUGAGCUGGGCAUGUGAUGCGGCAUCUGCACGUCCAGCGCCAGCAGCACCCACACUGCCUGCUGCGGGUCUCCGAGGCAUCCCCCUUCCCGGCCCCACAUUCUGGUUGGGGUAACUGUCCCCGUGUGUCUGAGGGUCCCCCCACCUCCAAGCUCAGUGUCUGCCCUUAGAGCCAGCACAGCCCUGCGAGUGGGAAGGGCGGCGCGGAGGACACGUGUCUCGGGCCUGCUGCGUCUGGCUCCCCGGAGGCCUUCCCCGGCCCGGAGGCCUGUGAGGCCCGCGCGGUCCAGGCCAGAUCACAACUGAGGAAACUGAGGCCCGCUUGAGUCAAGCAGUAGCUGGUGGGGAGCCGGGGUGGAACCUAACGGUUCUUUACCCCACUCUGUGGCCGCGGGGUGCUGUGUGCUGAGGUGGGUGGUUGGCUGGACACGGGGGGAUGACAGGGCCACGCCGGGCAGGUGGGAGGGGAGGCGGCCCUGCAAAGCGGAAACCUACUGUUUAGGAAGCACCUCCCCUGGCCCCAAGCAUCCCCCCAGCUCUGAGGAGGCCCUUGAGGGGCACUAGCUGGUCCAGAAUAGAUUCCUCCCCUGUCAGGGGUCCGGGCAGGCCCACUCGGGGGCACAGCGAUGAACGAGACUGUCCUCAGAGGUCCCUCGGUGUCCAGAGCGGCCAGGCCACACGCACAGGGAGAGCGCAGCCUGCAGCCGGCACCAGGGGCUGGCGGUGACUGCCCCAUCCCAAGCUGGAAGCCGUCCCUGGGGGUCAUGUGGCUGGUCUGCCAGGACAGGGCACCUCCCGGACAUGGGCCUCCUGCCCGGUGUCUGCGCUCACGCCCACGGGCGGUCAGCGCUUGCUCCUCGGGCCCAGGUCUACUCCCUGGCUGUCUCCAGGCCCAGUGCCCAGGGCGUUGGAGCAAAAUGCCGACUUCCCCAAAGCACCUUCUUGGGUGACACCUGGGGCUUUCGGAGACGAGGCAUUUGGCCACCCCCGGCCCUGGCGGAAGCAUCGCCGCCCAUGACGGAGGAGGAGGGUGUGGUUGCCAGGACGGCCGGUGGGCUGGAGCUUCAUUUGACCCUGUGGUUAUGCCAGGCAGGUCUGGGCACGGAGGCCAGCUGGGGGUUGACCCACACAAAGCAGGCUGCCCUUUCCCAGGGGGGCUUGAGAGAGGCCACCAGCCCCCCCACCUCUCGGGCGAGGUUCAUGGCUUAUCCUCCCGGAUCAAAGGGUGGCAACAGGGCUGGUUCUGGGGCCAGGCCAGGGCACAUGUGGGACAACCAUGCCCCGUGGGCCCAGCCUGCCCGGUCCCUGAGGAUGCAGGUGGCCUGGAAGGAGGCCCAGAUUCCACGCCUUGGCCAGCAGAGGGUGGGGGUGAGGGGACACGCACCCCUCCCCUCCCCUGGGUGCCAGGGUCAAGGCAGGAGGCCCCGGAGUGCAGAGGUGGGCAAAGCAGCCCAUCCCCAGCCAGAACCGGGCAGGUCAUGGACCUCCGCCCCUCCCACUCCCAGGAGCCCCAAGAGCUUCACGCUGUGCCCAGAGGGUCACUGGGUGUUCACUGCUCCCCCACUGCAGGUGCUCGCGCUCCCUGGCGUCCCCCAGCUGCUGCGUGUGAGGGCUGCUGCCCCCGCCGAGGCCUGGCUCCCAGGAGGAUGCCCGGGCCGCCGGCCAGCUCCCGUCUGCACCAUGAGUGAGGAGCGGCGGCUGCCGGGCAGUGCGGUGGGCUGGCUGGCAUGUGGCGGUCUCUCCCUGUUGGCCAACGCCUGGGGCAUCCUCAGCGUGGGUGCCAAGCAGAAGAAGUGGAAGCCCCUGGAGUUCCUGCUGUGCACGCUGGCGGCCACCCACAUGCUGAACGUGGCGGUGCCCAUCGCCACGUACUCCGUGGUGCAGCUGCGGCGGCAGCGCCCCGGCUACGAGUGGAACGAGGGCCUGUGCAAGGUCUUUGUGUCCACCUUCUACACCCUCACCCUGGCCACCUGCUUCUCCGUCACCUCGCUGUCCUACCACCGCAUGUGGAUGGUCCGCUGGCCCGUCAACUACCGGCUGAGCAACGCCAAGAAGCAGGCGGUCCACACUGUCAUGGGUAUCUGGAUGGUGUCCUUCAUCCUGUCGGCGUUGCCGGCCGUGGGCUGGCACGACACCAGCGAGCGCUUCUAUGCCCACGGCUGCCGCUUCAUCGUGGCUGAGAUCGGCCUGGGCUUUGGCGUCUGCUUCCUGCUGCUGGUGGGCGGCAGCGUGGCCAUGGGCGUGGUGUGCACGGCCAUCGCCCUCUUCCAGACGCUGGUGGGACAGGUGGGGCGCCGGGCUGACCGCCGAGCCUUCACCGUGCCCACCAUCGUGGUGGAGGAUGCACAGGGCAAGCGGCGCUCCUCCAUCGACGGCUCUGAGCCCCCCAAAACUUCGCUGCAGGUCACGGGCCUGGUGGCCACCAUUGUCGUCAUCUACGACUGCCUCAUGGGCUUCCCCGUGCUGGUGGUGAGCUUCAGCAGCCUGCGGGCGGACGCCUCGGCACCCUGGAUGGCGCUGUGUGUGCUCUGGUGCUCGGUGGCCCAGGCCCUGCUGCUGCCCGUGUUCCUCUGGGCCUGCGAGCGCUACCGCGCCGACCUCAAGGCCGUCUGGGGGAAGUGCGUGGCCCUCAUGGCCAACGAUGAGGACUUGGACGAUGAUGAGGAUGACACCAGCCUGGAGGGUGGCAUCCCCACCAACCUGGUGUUGGAGCGCUCCCUGGACUACAGCUACGGGGGCGACUUUGUGGCCCUGGAGAGGAUGGCCAGGUACGAGCUGUCUGCGCUGGAGGGGGGCCUGCCCCAGUUCUACCCGCUGCGGCCCCUGCAGGAGGACAAGAUGCAGUACCUGCAGGUAGGUCCCGCCACGCGGCGCUUCUCGCACGACGACGCGGACGUGUGGGCCGCCGUGCCCCCGCUGCCCGCCCUCCUGCCGCGCUGGGGCUCGGGCGAGGACCUGGCCGCGCUGGUGCUGCCCGGGCCCGACCGGCGCCGCGGGAGCCCGCUGGCCUCGGCGGAGGACGCGCCCCCGUUCCGCCCGCGCCGCUGCUCCGCGGAGAGCCUGCCGGCCGCGCGCCCCCCGGCCCUGGACGGCGGCCCGCGCCGCGCCCCCGGCUCGCCCCCCGGCAGCCCGCGCCGCCGCGCCGGGCCCGGCGCGCGCUCGGCCUCGGCCUCGCUGCUGCCCGACGCCUUCGCGCUGACCGCCUUCGAGCGCGAGCCGCAGGCGCGCGCCGCGCGCCCGCCGCGCCCGGCCCUUCCCGGCCCGCGCCCCCGGCCCCGGCCCCGCCGGCGCGCGCCCCCCGGGGAGGCGGCGCCCCAUGGCAGCGGCGCGCAGCGGAGCCCCGGGCCGCGCCUGAGCGCGCGCGCGCACGCCGGGACCCUGCGCACCGCGCGGAGCGCGUCGUGGGGCGACCCGGGGGGCCUGCGCGCGGCCGGCGGCGACGGCAGCACCAGCAGCUUCCUGAGCUCGCCCUCCGGGUCCUCGGGCUACGUCACGCUGCACUCGGACUCCCUGGGCUCGGCGUCCUAGGGCCCGUCGGGGGCUCGGCCGGCGGGGGCCAAAGCACCAAAGACGCCGCCCUGGCCCUCCCCGAGCCCGGG